UUUCAAAACCAGUGAUAGUGGUUUUGGUGAUGUGUAGUUCUCGUCUGCGUUACUACUGUACAACAGUACAGCACUAAUAGUUAUUACCCUCAUUACAGUGAAACGAAUGACGACGUCGGCGAUUAUUCGAUACGAUUAUUACAAUUCGAUGUCAUUCUGAACCGCUGGUGACUGCAACUUACUGCUUACUGAUCGCUCUAUAGACGUCCGUCGCGCGUAUACGCAUAUACAUGACAUUGGCGGUAUUCUGCCGUCGCGUUCAACCGUCACCUCCGGACACUGGCCAGGACAAUCCAGGGCUGUUAUGAUAGUGCUGUUUGUGCGCAGAUAGACAAGGAAAGUUUUUGCUCUCUUUCUCUCUUCAACUCGUUCCGCCAUCAUGUUUCGCAGCAAGUUCCGUCUGCAUACUUGCAAGAUAAUCAUUGCCACGUCGCUCCUGUGGAUCUUCAUUGACAUUAUGGUACUCAUGUAUUACACCGAUUGCAUUGGUCCAAACUGCAAGGCAAAGAGCAGUUCUGUCGGGAAUUCCGAAAGCAACUUUGAUGACCAGUUCGACGCCACCGCAGCACCUCGAAUGGGAUGGAGACCUGUGCAGGACAACAUGCUUGAUCGUUUCAAGCACAAUAGUGAUCAUAGUGAUGACACCACAUAUCCUAGUCAUCUGUUAAUGCGUUGGAAGCCAAUGCCUCCUGUACGUGAAAAGCGAGGAAAACAUGGUGAAGGAGGACGAGGCGUUACAAUGAAACCUGAACAAGAAGCUAUCAUGAAACAGAAAUUCAAAGAGAAUCAGUUUAAUAUAAUAGCUAGCGAUAUGAUCUCACUAAAUCGAUCUUUACAAGAUAUAAGACAAGGAGAAUGCAAAAGUAAACAAUAUCCCACAUUGAUGCCCACCACUUCAAUAGUAAUUGUGUUCCACAAUGAAGCGUGGUCCACUCUUUUGAGGACUGUAUGGAGUGUCAUCAACCGAUCACCUCGAUCCCUCUUAAAAGAAAUUUUGUUGGUAGAUGAUGCUAGUGAAAGAGAUUUUUUGGGGAAAAAAUUAGAAGACUAUGUUGCCACUCUUCCCGUAACAACUAAAGUACUAAGAACAGUAAAACGUUCUGGUCUGAUAAGAGCUCGAUUACUUGGUGCCAAACAUGUUACAGGCCAAGUGAUAACAUUUUUGGAUGCACAUUGUGAAUGUGCUGAUGGUUGGCUUGAACCACUUCUAGCCAGAAUUGUACUAAACCGGAAAACUGUUGUCUGUCCAGUAAUUGAUGUUAUAUCUGAUGACACAUUUGAAUAUGUUACCGCAUCUGAUAUGACCUGGGGUGGAUUCAAUUGGAAACUAAAUUUUAGGUGGUACAGAGUUCCUCAAAGAGAAAUGGCACGACGUAACCAAGAUCGUACAGCACCAUUAAGAACUCCUACUAUGGCUGGUGGACUAUUUUCUAUAGACAAAGAUUAUUUUUAUGAAUUAGGUUCAUACGAUGAAGGAAUGGAUAUAUGGGGUGGUGAGAAUCUUGAAAUGUCAUUCAGAAUUUGGAUGUGUGGCGGCACUUUGGAAAUAUCGCCGUGCUCACAUGUUGGUCAUGUUUUUCGCAAAUCCACACCUUACACUUUCCCCGGUGGCACGUCACAUAUAGUCAACCACAACAAUGCCCGCCUUGCCGAGGUUUGGAUGGAUGAGUGGAAACAUUUUUACUACGCCAUAAACCCAGGUGCAUCUAAUGUUGAAGUUGGGGAUGUUUCUGAACGUUUGGCUUUAAGAGAAAAGUUAAAGUGCAAGUCUUUCCGUUGGUACUUGGAAAACAUUUAUCCUGAGUCUCAAAUGCCACUUGAUUACUAUUAUUUAGGAGAAAUAAAAAAUGUUGACUCCCAACAAUGUCUUGAUACAAUGUCACGAAAAAGCGGUGAAAAAGUUGGCAUGAGUUAUUGUCAUGGUCUUGGUGGCAAUCAAGUUUUUGCAUAUACUAAACGGUCACAAAUUAUGUCUGAUGAUAAUUGUUUAGAUGCUUCCAAUAUUGUUGGACCAGUUAGUCUAAUCAGGUGCCAUGGUCUUGAGGGCAAUCAGGCAUGGGUUUAUGAUUCAAAGGAAAUGACUAUAAAACAUAAAACUACCGAUCAAUGUUUGGAGCAUUCAAUGUCUGCUGAUCAGUAUGCUGCCAUAUUAAAUGAAUGUGAUGGUUCACGUAGCCAACAAUGGACAAUGAAGAGUAAUUUUCACUGGCAAGCUAGCUCAAGAUAACGUAAUCUAAUUGUUUACUCUUUAUUUUAAUCAAGUGUUAUUUGUUUAUAUAUAUAUAUACAUAUAUACAUUUUGGGGAUCAAAAUAUUUACUUAUAAGUUCUAUGAACAAAAAAUUCUACUUAAAAUAAAAAAAUACUUUAUUUACCAUCAAACAAAUCAGAAUCAUAACUAAUAAAAUCCAUGACAAUUUGAAAAUACUUAUUAUAGAAUCUUAAGAAUUUCUAUUUUGUGACUAUUUAUCCUUGCCCAAAACAUUACACUUUUUAUGAAAAGCACUACUUAUUAUAAUAACACAAUAAAAGGAUUCAGUGAAAAUACUUGUGAUAUUUACAUAUUAUAAUAUAAGUUAUACUUAUUAUUAUAUUUUAUUUUGUAUAAUAAAAAUUUAUAAAAUAAUUUUUCUCUCCUAAUAAAAGAUCAAAUAACAAUAUAAUCUAUAAUUUAGAUUCAACCACACAAUAUUAUGUCAUAUAUCUGAUACAUACAUCUGCUUUUCAUUUUUUUUUUUUUUUUUUUACAAACAAAUUCAAUAUAGUCAUUAAACGCUCAAAAUGAUAUCCCAUAUAGAGUUGUGAAUGUAAUAUACCUACUUAAUUUGGUGCAUUUAUUUGUUAUUAACAUUAUAUAUGGAAUAUUAUCUUCAUUGACGUGUGAUAACAUGAACACUAACAAUAUGAAAAAAUAAUAAUUAUUAGUCUAUACUAUUUAUAGUCAAUAAAACAUUUUUCAUUUUUGAUUCACUUCAUAAAAGAAUUGUAUAUAUAUAAUUUAUAUAUAUAAAAAACCUGCUUUAGGAUAUAAUGAGCUUCAUUAUAAAUUUAAAACUGAUGACUGAUCUAGUUAUUUUAUUAUGUGUCUAAUGAAAUAAGAAAAUCUUUUUUUAUUAUAUUAAUUUCUUAUUUGUUUUUUAGAUAAUAAUAUAUAUUUUUUUAGGCAAUAAUAAAAUUCCAUUUUUAGUUAAUAAAUAAAUGUAUGGGGGUUAGAAUAUCAGUUUUACUUAAAUAAUUUGCAUAAUUUCAAUAACCUUUUUUUUUUUACUUUAAUUUUAAUGAAAAUCCUGUCUAAGAAAGCGUUUUAUGUGUUAUUUUUAAUUUUUUUUGAAAUAUAUAUCUUUGAUCAUUAUUCCUAAUUUAUCUAAUAAACAUUUAUUUUUAUACUAAUUCAAUUUGUGUCAUUGAAUUAUUACCAUAUCAAAUGAUCAAUUUUAAGUGUAAAAUGUUUUAUAAACAUUUAUAUAAAAAAAAAUAUUCAACUCUAAAUCACUUGUUCAUUUCAAAUGCACUAUUAAAUUUCUGUUUAAAUUGUUUUAAAAAUACUAAUCAAAAGUAUAGAAAAAGAAAGCUAAAUAAUUUUUUUGAAAAAAUCUACUUAGACUUGUUACAAGACUCCGAUGAAUAAAAUAACUAAAUAAUUAUAUCUUAUUAAUAUUAUUGAAAAUUAUGUCAUGACUUAAAAUAUCAUUUACAAUAUAUUUUAACUUUGUUUUAAGAUUUUGAUAGAUUUAUUAUGUAUAUUAUAUUAUUAUGCAAUUAGUUAAUCUUCCGAAUCAUAUUAUGUUUUAUUUUUAAUUUUUAUGUUCAACGUUUUUUUUUAUAUAUAUAAAUAUAUUAUAUAUGUAUGUGUGUGUUUGACAUCUCUUGGUGAUUGUAUAUAUUUUAUGACUGAAUAUUAUAUGUUCAAAUCGGUAUAUAAUAUUAAUUAUUGUUAUUGAUGCAAUCAAAAACAUUGUCAUGUAAUUAUCAUCAUAAACAUGCCAAGAGAUGUCGACCAAAACAAUAUGUUUAUUUUUUGAUUAUUAUUAUUUUAUUUUAUUUUACCAUUUACGUAUUUGUUUUACAAUACGUGUCCGCAUUCAUAAAAUGUGAUAAUAUUAUUUUAUUUUACCAACCAUUAACAAUAUGUGCAAUCAGAUAUUAUACAGACAAAGUCAAUGUA